CGAGAUUUUCCUUGAUCGUAAUCUCUUAAUUCUCAGCAUUUCAAAAUGAUGCAGGCAUCACCAAGUACGGAUCCACCUGCAACUACGGAUCCGCCUACAACUAUGGAACCGCCUGCCGGUGAUGUAGGGAAUGUACCAGAGAAGAUCAAAGAUGUAAAAGAGUCAGGUCCUGCAUUUCACUGUGGUAUUUGUGAUGCAGAACUGCUUUUCAAGAUAACUCAAGCACUCCUCCCGGGGUUAGCUACAGCUUGUGUCGACAAUACAACCGGUGGCGUUUUCACGUCCCCUGGUUCAGUAGCUGCGGACCUAAGGAAAGAAUUGGUGGAGUAUCUUACACAAAGAACCGAGACUUAUGUGGCUGAAUCUGUUGUCUUGGAAGGCGCUCCUGAGGCGGAAGUAUUCGACAAUCCUUACGAUAUAAUUGCUAUUCUUAUCGACGAGUUUGCCAUUUCAAAGAGGAAUUUGUUUAGUCGGGUUUCGGCAUUGCUACUCAGCGAGAGGAGAGAAGACAGCAUCGAUGAUUUCGCUCAUCAGCUGGAAAUUAAUGGAUUUUGGCCUGUUGACAAGAGAGAAGAGAUUGUACAAAUUUUGCUGAAGAAUGUUGAUUCCAAGAUCGAGUAUCAUUGUAACAUGAAAUUUGAAACUGCAGAAGAACUUUCCCUGCACAUGCCAACUUGCAGCUUUAGAGUAAUGACAUGUGAAAAUGAAGGGUGUGAUGCUCGAUUUUCGGCUAAUAAAUUGGAGAAACACGAUUCGGUUUGUCCCUUCAAGAUAAUUCCAUGUGAACAAAAAUGCCCUGCUUUCCUUUUAAGACAUGAGAUGGACAGACACUGCAUAACCGUCUGUCCGAUGAAGCUCGUGAACUGCCCUUUCUUUUCAAUUGGUUGCAAAGCAGCAGUACCUAGUUGUAAGAUUGAAGAACAUCAAUCUGAAGAACUUCAUUAUCACAUCCUUUAUGUUCUUCAAGGUAUUUACAAGGAAGCAUCUGAGGAUGUUUUAAAAGAACGGGUGGAUCAAAUCGAAGAAAAAGCCGCCGGUAGGCUAGCAAAUGCCAAAAAUGUGCGAUCUCUUACAUCGAAAGUCAAGGAUGCAGAUGCAAAGCUCCCACCCUUGGUAAUUGAUACAAAGAAAAAGGAGGAAGAAACUCCAGAGACAGAAGCAAAGACAGAAUCUAUGGAAGGUAGCGGCACAAAUGAGAAUACCGAAAAUGAUGCUGAAACUAAAGAUUCCGAGGCAAAGCCGCGGUCACUCGAAGUUCCACCUUUAAAGAAAGACGGCAAAGAAGUUUCCGAAACUGAAACCAAGGAUCCUGAAGCAAUGCCUUCACCGCAAGAAGUUCCACUGUCAAAUAAAGAUUGUGAAAAAGAAGCUCCGGAAACUGUGGUCAAGGAUGCUGAAGCAACAACGGAGAAUUCAGACAAGGAUUCGGAAGUUGACACAGAAUGAAACUAAUGAAGAAUGAAGAUGGUAUAAGGCACUUCAUACCAUCUGAUUUUAACCAGGCCAUAGAUUUGAGAUGAAGAAAGCUUCAGCCUCUACAAUAUAUGUACGUGGAUCUCCCCCUACAUUCUUUCAUUUGGUUGAAUUUUUGGGUUAGUUUUUUUUUUUUACCCUUGAUCUUUCUGUUGGCUUAAAGAUUUUAUUUUUUUAGCAUGUUGAGAGACUAAAGAAAAAACUUGGUUAUUCUAAUCUCUUCCCUAAGAAGAAAUUUAGAAGAUAAAUAAAAUUCGGAUUUUCUUUUC